CUCUGUAUUUAUCGCCGCUGCAGCGCCGCAGAUCGACAGUCUCUGUCACACAGCGGGGCGGACAGCUGUCUCCGGGUGAACCACCAUCAGCUGCUGUCAGCGCCUCCAUUCGGGAGUUUAAGUCCGUGUUUGGUCGCCGUUGUGUCGGUUUGUGUAUCGAGGAAACGCCCGGGAGCUCCGGGACUGGGAGCGGAGCAGCGGCGGGUGAACGGGGGGGCUUCUCCGGGGUCAGACCUGCGGGCUGGUGCGCAAGAUCAACAUGACAUCUGCGGCGCUCGCGCUGCUUCUCCUCUUCCUCCACGUCUUCGGCCUCCAGUCGCAGCCUGAUGCAGUGCGGCCUCACCUCACCGGCUGCGUCUCUCGCAACAUGGAGACGUUCCUCUGCAGAUGGAGCGCCGGAUCCUUCCAGAACCUCUCAGAACCAAAAGAUUUACGCCUGUUCUACUUCAACAGAGUGCUUCUCGGCAGCUCAGAUAAAACUUGGGACGAAUGUCCGCAGUACAGCGCAGAGAGACCAGACGAGUGCUUCUUCAACGAGAACCACACCACAGUCUGGACGUCCUACACGGUGCAGCUGCGCUCCAGGGACCGGACCGUCCUCUACGACGAGAUCUCCUUCUCCCUGGAAGACCUCGUGCAACCGGACCCUCCGUUCGGCCUGAACUGGACGCUGAUGAACGUCAGCCUGACGGGAUCGCACUUCGACGCCAUGCUGAGCUGGAGGCCUCCGGCGACGGCUGACGUGGAGACGGGAUGGAUGGCGCUGCAGUACGAUGCCCAGUACCGCCAGGCCGGCGCCGAGCGCUGGGAACAGACCGGCCUGGUGAAAACAACGCACCGCUCCCUGUUCGGCCUUCAAACCAACGUCAACUAUGAGGUCAGAGUUCGCUGCAAAAUGCUGGCAGGGAAGGACUUUGGAGACUUCAGCGACUCUGUGUUCAUCCACAUCCCAUCUAAAGUUUCCAGAUUCCCAGUUAUGGCUCUGCUCAUCUUUGGAGCGUUGUUUUUAGUGGCCGUCCUGCUGCUGGUCAUCAUUUCACAGCAGGAAAAGUUGAUGUUUAUCCUCCUGCCUCCUGUUCCUGGACCGAAAAUACGAGGAAUCGACCCGAAUCUACUGAAGAAAGGGAAACUCCGAGAGCUCACAUCCAUCCUCACCGGCCCGCCCGACCUCAGGCCAGAGCUCUACAACAACGACCCCUGGGUGGAGUUCAUCGACCUGGACAUCGAGGAGUCCAAUGACAAGCUGCUGGACAUGAACACGGGCUGCCUCAUGGACCACUCCCCGAUGUCUCCACGCUCGGCCGUCUUCAGGGACAACGACUCGGGCCGCUCCAGCUGCUGUGAGCCGGAUCUGCUGAGUGAGGCGAGCGCGUCGCCCGUCCAUCAGGAGGCGAGCACCGCAGAGCAAAGUUCAGUGUUUGUAGCAGUGGAGGGCAGGGAGGCGGCAGCGUACACGCAGGUCGGCGAGGUCAGGUCAUCUGGGAGCGUUCUGCUGGAGAAAACCACUAUUAAAGAGACAAACAUGGAGGAGGAGAAGGGGAAGAAACAAGAUGACGUCUUGGUGAAUGCAGAUCAGAGAGACUGCAGCUCUGAGAUGAAGCGGUUAGCAGAGCUUCCGGAGAGCGUGGCCCAGCUGCCUGCUGCUCCUGUCUACACCGUGGUGGAAGGCGUGGACAUGCAGAACAGCCUCCUACUUACACCAACGCCAGCCCCCAACCCAACCGGCCCCAAAAUCCCAGCUACGCCCGACGGCUACCUGACCCCCGACCUGCUGGGAAGCGUCACGCCGUAAAUCAGCCGGGGAUUGAAUCACCCACAACUUGUUAAUCUAAAGGGAGGUCAGUUCAUGGAGGUGCCCUGACUGGGUUUCAGCUAGCUUAAAAUAGCUAGUGGAGCAGCAGGAGCCUGAGGCGUUCAGAGAAACCUGGACCCAGCAACACUGUUGCACCUUAAACCAGCACAGCGUAAAUAAAGAUCUCUGCUAAGCUGCACUUAUCAGUUCAUGUCAGCGCGCUAGUAAAGGCUAAUAAAGAUGCUACAGGGAAGAUCUGAAUCUGUAGAUGGGAAAUCAGAGGGAGCAAAUACCAGUGGUGAGCACCGCUAGCUAACAAGGAAGCUACACUAACUAAAGCGCUAAUUUGUUCCGAUAAUGCUAAGGCGCUACUCCAUUUAGCAAAAGCUAACACUAAAGUGGUAUACUAUUUAGUUUUUUAGCUAGCGGUAAAGUGCUGCACCACUUAGCUUUGUUAGCAGAAGCUAAUGCUAAUGUGCUAAGACGCUAACUUCAAUUCAAAUUGUAUCUGCCCCUGAAAGACUACAACUCUCAAACAUCAGUUUAAUUUUGACUUCAUAAUUUAUGUCAUUUAUGCCUUUUGAUAUUAUAUUUGUUUACAUCUUAUUUUUUAAUGUCAUCUUGUUUGUUUGUUUCAUGUUUAAAAUGUCAUUGGAGGCAAAAAAAAACGGAGUAAAGUGAGAAGAAGAAACAGAACUGCUGCGUAAACAGUUUUUACCCCUUUCAAAAUAAGAGUAUGACUAUAAACGUCUAACUACUUGAAGAAUUCAAUAACACAAACUUCAACACAGAUGAAGUUUGGGUUUAUAAAAGAGCCAAGUAAAUUAGUGCUUUAUAAUUUAUAAGAAAAAAUUAAUUUAGGGGAUGUUAAGUGCGCAAAUGUUUUCAAAUUUAGUAAAAAUGCUAAAGUGCUAACUGGAAAAAAUAGCUAUGCUAUUAGCAGGUUAGUGUGCCCACCACUGACGAAUGCCACCAUUUUUGCCUCAUAAAUAAUUGAUUUAGAACAAAUUAAGUGAGGUUUGAUGAUGACAUUCGUCUGUUCUGGUGGAAUAAAGUUAGCACACCCUCUUCCAGUUAAAUGGUCUCAUCGCUGUGUGGCUUAAUUUAAAAAGCAGGUUUGAAUCUCAUAAUCUAAAUUGUGAAGGAAAAAGGUCAGAAAAGGUCAAUAUUGUAACACGUUCUGAAAAUCCAGGUGCUCUGUAAUUAUAGAGAAAUAACUUGUGUCAUAAUUUUGUCUUUUUUCAGUAUUUAAACACCAGUAUUCACUAAUUCAACUGCUACAUAAUCUAUGAAAAUAAUAAACAAAAAAGUCAUGCAUUUACUUUUUUAUGUAUUUAAUACUUUCAGCUUUGUUUUAAUAUUUCUGUCAUGUUUCACUUGGUAAUGUUGAUGCUGUUUCAUAUAUGAAGCCUAAAGAAAAGGCGAAUAAAUCUUCAUUUCUACACUAAAGCAUUACUGGACUGUAAAUUAUCCUUUUAUUUUAGUGCCUGUUCUUCUUUUCAUUUAAAACUGAAAUAUUUUUGAAGUUUUAAUUUUUUGUGUAUUUUUUGCCGUUACAUCUGAGUAAUUUGUAUUCAUUUAUGAUUUGAAAUCACGCAUGUAUUUUCUUCUUCGCUGUCUGACAUUAACUAAACUUCCUGUUGUCGGUCAGUUAU